AUGAAGCUUCUGAACCUUUCUGUAUCUGUCUUGGUUGCAAGUGUUGCAACUGCUGCAGUGAUUCCAUUGACUGGCGAGUCUGAGGUCGUUUCCAACCUUGAAGUACAAAGAGACGUUGUCCCACGUACCAAGAGAGAAAACGGCCCAGCUCCUUUGCUCAGAGUGUCUAAGCCUGCUCCUUCUAGAUACAUUGUUACCUACUACGAGGACACCACUGUUGAACAGAGAAAGCAGGACGCAGAAUGGAUUGCCGGUCUUGUGGAGCACGGUGUGAAGAGAGACGCUAUUCCAGAAGGCGACGAAGGCGAGGUGGAGUUCUUUGACUUCUCCAAAUUCAAGGGAUACCUGGGAUACUUUGACGAGGAGGUUUUGGACCAGAUCAAGGAGAACCCAUUGGUGAAGAACGUUGAAGAAGACGAAGAGGUGGACCUUUCUGGUAUUGUCAGUCAGGAAGAUGCUACUUGGGGCCUUUCCAGAAUCUCCAGCCGUGAGAGACCUUCCAACUCAAGCUACAUCUAUGACGACAAAGGCGGUAAGGGCGUCACUGCUUAUAUCGUGGACAGUGGUAUUGAAGCCUACAAGGAAGAAUUUGAAGGCAGAGCCACGUUUGGCGCUGCUUUCCAGUUCCCUUGGAGCCAGAAGGAUUUUGCUGGUCACGGCACUCAUGUGGCAGGUAUUGUUGGUUCCAAAACCUACGGUGUAGCCAAGCAGGUGGACCUCGUUGCAGUUAACAUUGCCACGAUGUUUGGUUUUGUCUUGGCUUCGAAAAUCGUCAAGGGCUUGGAGUUUGUCGAACAAGAGCACAAGAAGCAGGUGGCUGCAAACAUUCCUGGCUUCAAAGGCUCUACUGCCAACUUGUCUGUUGGUAAAAUCAGCGCCCGUUCUGUCACUGGCGCUGCCAACUCGUUGAUUGAUGCUGGUGUUCAUCUUAUUGGUGCUGCUGGUAAUGACCAGGAAGAUGUUUGUCACAGCACCCUAGUUCAGUCUGAAGCCCUUAUUGUUGGUGCCACAGACAUAAACGACGACAGAGAAACGAUCUCCAACUUCGGUCCAUGUGUCGAUAUCUACGCUCCAGGUACCGAUAUCCGUUCUGUUUGGACUCUCUUCGACACCAGAGCCAUGACUGGUACGUCUAUGGCUGCACCUCAUGUCACUGGUUUGAUCUCGUACUUCCUUUCUUUGCACCCAGACUUGCAGUCCGAGUUCAACGCCAACGUUACGCCCAACGACCUUAAGAAGCAGCUUAUCAACUUUUCCACCAAGGAUGUGAUCAAGGACCUUCCUGAGGGCACUCCUAACAGGCUUGCUUUCAACGGUGCCCACGACCCACACCAGAUCUGGAACUACUGA